ACCGGUUUUUUCGACUCCCACCGUUUCGGGUAAAGGUACACGUCACCAUUAAAGCUUCUCCCUUGCACUUUGUCUACCUUUUAAAGACGCCAUUCUGACCGGGGAUUAACUUUUCUUCCUUCUGAAACACCGAAAGAUGGGUGGUGCGAGAUUAUUUAUUAUUACUCUCGUGGUCACGUUGUUCGGCUUGGCUCUGGCCGACAUGAUGCGAAAGAGCAUCGUUUUCGACAUGAAGAGCCCAAAAGUGUUUUACUGCCCUCAAGAGAAGCCGAAAAGUCUGGAGAAGAUGAUCGUCAAGUCUCGCCCCAUCGAGAAACUCUGCGAGUUCGAAGGCCGAGGUCUGCCCAAAAACCAUAAACCCGACUGCUACAACGACAUCGACGAGUCGGAGUACGCGUGCGCCGAGAAGGAACGCAUCAUGACGAGAAUGCACCCCCCUAACGACACGGAAACGACCGUAACAGACUUGCCCACCACCCAAGCUUACAAGAGAGGAUUCAAAAAGAAGACGAGCUGGUAGAUUGAACUAUCGAUUAAUCGAUUAAUGUGAUCUUCACGAGGCAGCUUCCAUACAUAAAUAUAUUUUUUCCGUUUUGUUUUCGAGAUUAUGAUCGACUGUAUAAUUGUCGCUGUUUCCGAGGUUAAGGGACGAUAAAAGGAAACGUAAUUGUGACGUAUUAACACGGGGGCCGUGUUUAAAAACAAAAAAAAUAAAACAGAUAAUUCUUUAAUUUAUUGUUUUAAUAUAUGCAAUUUGUCAAACUUUUUGUACGAUUUGUUUUUAAUUAAUAAAAUUUAAAAUUCUUUUU